AUGAGGCUGUGGUACUGGCUGUCGCUGUGGGUGUGGCUGGCUGGGCUGGCAGCCACAGAAGCAGCGCCCAGUCCAGAGGGUACCAAAGUGCUCGCCCCAGAAGCAGAGUCUCCAUUCUUCAUAGACACACCUGACUUCUUUGAUUACCCAGACUCGGACCAAGCCAGGCUUCUGGCUGUGGCCCAGUAUAUCGGAGAGAAACCUGUGGUCUUUGUGAAUUCAGGUUCCAACUCCAAGCUCUUCCAUCGCAUCCUCACGGGCACCCUCGUGAUGGCCUUCUUCUUCCUCCUCCUCCAGUUCUGCACCCACGUGAGCUGCCAGAAAGGGGCCUGAAGACCUUGACAAGAGCCCUGAGCGUGACCUGAGUGUUGACCCCACCACCCCUGCGGAGAAAUAAGUCCUUGCUUUCUUCCUCCCUGACUGCUGGGUGGCCAGCCAGGUCCCUGCCCUUCCCUGUGGUCAUCCUGCUUCCAUUCCCCAGCCCCCACCUCUCCAUCCAGGCCCCAAAGAACUGGGUAAAGAGAGGGCGCUGCUGGCGGUCACGCAGAUCGUCUUUAUUAGCGGUCUGUAAAGCACCUCCCAGGGUCCCCGACCCCAGAUUGGAGGAAGCCUUGAGAGUUCUGUAGCACCAGGGACAUGCCAGGGCCCGAGGGCAAGAUGUGCGGCCAUACGGGAGGGGCUGGGCACUCCCACCUGCCCCGGGGGCACUCAGCACUGGGAAGGCAAGGCUGGGGGUAGCAGCUGCCUCCCUCCCUCACCCCAACAAACUAGUUUGGAUUUGGGCAUUUAAAUAAAUAAAAUAAAAUAAAAUAAAUAAGAUUCCUCAGGCUGGCCUCCCCUGGAGAGGAGCUCUGGGGGGGCCCAUGGAAGAGGGGGCAAGUUAGGGUGUCCUCUCCUUCCCCGAUGAUGGGAGCUGAGAGGGAUUUGCAGCAGAGGGGCUGGGAUGUCCUUGGCUGGGGCCUCCUUGUGUCCGACUCCCGGUCUCCUUGGACCCCCCGCCCGGCUCUCACAGCCCUCCAGCCCUGCAUGGUGGGAGGUGCCAUUCUCCAGAGCUUCUCCAGAGCAGGAGUGGGCAGGAAGGGGCUGGCCAGCCAGCGCAGGGGUCCGCCUCCUGAUCGCUUGGCCCUGGCCCCGGCCCUCACCCCUGAGGACAGGUGCCCCCACGGCGCUCUGAGUCCAUCUGUCAGUCCUGGGUCUGUCAGGCAAGAGGGCCCUGGCUCCCCACCCCGACCCAUCAGCCCCAGAGCCCAGUCCCCACAGGGCGGGGCAGCGCCAGGAGGGUGCCCAGACCCCAGCUCAGUCCUGGGUCUGACAGGGAGAGGGCGGCGGGGAGCCUCGGGGCCGGAAGAGGCGGCAGGCCCCACGGCAGAUGAGGAAGAAC